UUCCUGCCGUUAUAAACCAUUUUUGUAAUCCUCCAUACACUGCCAAAAGGGAUGGCUUCAACUUCCACCACCACAUUAUAUUUACACUUUCUGUUGUUAAUGUUAACAUUUUGUUCAUUCCAUCAUCAAUUAAGCUUUGCUUUCACUUCUCAAGAUUACCACGAGGCUCUUGAAAAAUCCAUUCUCUUCUUUGAAGGACAACGAUCUGGAAAAUUACCAUCUAACCAGAAACUAACAUGGAGAGGAGAUUCUGGAUUAUCAGAUGGCUCUUCUUAUCAUGUGGACCUAAUUGGAGGUUAUUAUGAUGCUGGUGAUAACCUUAAGUUUGGGCUUCCAAUGGCUUUUACUACAACAUUAUUAGCAUGGAGUGUCAUUGAAUUUGGAAGCUCAAUGCAGGACCAGAUUGACAAUGCUAGAGCUGCUAUCCGGUGGAGUACCGAUUACCUUCUCAAAGCCGCCACCACGACUCCAGACACGUUAUACGUCCAAGUUGGAGAGCCGAACAUGGAUCACAGGUGUUGGGAAAGGCCGGAGGACAUGGACACUCCACGCAAUGUGUAUAAGGUCUCGGCUCAAAAUCCAGGUUCUGAUGUCGCGGCUGAGACGGCUGCUGCAUUGGCAGCGUCUUCAUUAGUAUUCAGAGAUACAGAUCCAUCAUAUUCCUCCAAAUUGCUUCAAGCAGCCAUCCAAGUAUUCAAUUUCGCAGACCGUUACAGAGGCUCUUAUAGUGACUCUCUUAAUUCUGUUGUCUGUCCAUUUUACUGCUCUUACUCUGGAUACCAUGAUGAAUUACUUUGGGGUGCAUCAUGGAUUUAUAGAGCUUCUGGAAUUAGCUCCUACAAGCAAUUCAUACAAUCUAACGGUCACACAUUAGGCGCUGACGAUGAUGGUUACACCUUCAGUUGGGAUGAUAAACGACCCGGAACUAAAAUCUUGCUUUCAAAGGAAUUCUUGGAGAAAGAUUCUGAAGAAUUCCAGUUAUACAAGGCACAUGCAGACAAUUACAUUUGUUCUCUAGUACCAGGAUCUCCUGGUUUCCAGGCUCAGUAUACCCCAGGGGGUAUUCUGUACAAAGGGAGUGAGAGCAAUUUACAGUAUGUGACAUCUACAUCUUUUCUUCUCUUAAUAUACGCCAAGUAUCUCAACACAAAUGGAGGUGCUGUUUCAUGUGGUACAUCAAAAAUCACAGAACAAAACCUCAUAAAAUUGGCCAAAAAACAAGUUGAUUACAUUUUAGGUGAUAAUCCAACAAAGAUGUCCUAUAUGGUUGGUUUUGGAGAGAAAUAUCCAAAACAUAUUCACCAUAGAGGUUCUUCUUUACCGUCCAUUCGCGUGCAGCCUCAACAGAUUUCUUGCAACAAUGGAUUUCAAUAUCUUCAUUCUGGUUCACCUAAUCCAAAUGUUCUUGUUGGAGCCAUUGUUGGUGGUCCUGAUAGCAGUGACAAUUUCUCUGAUGAUAGAAAUAAUUAUCAACAGUCAGAACCAGCAACUUAUAUUAAUGCACCUUUUGUUGGUGCUCUUGCUUUUUUCUCUGGUCAAGAAUCAAGUUAGUUACCAAUAAUCACGUGAAAGAUAAGUUUAACUAAAAGAAUCUUGGUCAUAGAUAGAUUUAGUUAGUUAAUUUGAUUAGGUUCUAGUCAAUUGAUCUCUUAUUAGUACUAAGUCAAUGUUGGUUGGUUAGUUAAGAAUUAGUUUUUGUCACAUGCUUUUGCUAGUGUCAUAUUCUACAUGUCAUUUGGUUAGUUAACGUGGAAGUUUCUAUAGUACUAUUGUAAGAGAAAUUCUUAGGCUGAAAUUAUCAGUUGCAAAGAGAAUUUCUCCUAUUGUAAACUUUUAACAAAAUUAGUACAUUUAAAAGUUAGAAUUAUCAA